CUUUUCGCGUACGACGACGAGGCGAGCCGCGCUCGGAAAACUCAGGCCAAUGCGAGCUCAGCCCUCAACGACGAAAAGGACACAUCGGCCCCCGGCCUCGCAGCGCCGGAGAAAGCAGGGAGAGCGACCUCUGCCCCGGGCCCAGGACCACCCUGGCAGGAGAAGACACCUGGCGACCCGCAGCCCAUCCCGCCGCCGCGGAGACCCGAAACCAUCUGGAGCCCAAGUCUGCCCAUCUUACAUCUGCAACCACUUCCCUUGGCCUGUGCACGUGCCCUGCACUGAUUCUCUGCCUAGGAAAGGACCAUGCAGUUAGAGAUUAAAGUGGCCCUGAACUUCAUCAUCUCCUAUUUAUACAACAAGCUGCCCCGGCGCCGGGCAGACCUGUUUGGAGAGGAGCUCGAGCGACUUUUGAAAAAGAAAUAUGAAGGCCACUGGUACCCUGAUAAGCCACUCAAGGGCUCUGGCUUCCGCUGCGUCCACAUUGGGGAGAUGGUGGACCCUGUGGUAGAGCUGGCUGCCAAGCGGAGCGGGCUGGCAGUGGAGGAUGUGCGGGCCAACGUGCCUGAGGAACUGAGUGUCUGGAUUGACCCUUUUGAGGUGUCCUACCAGAUUGGUGAGAAGGGGGCUGUGAAAGUGCUGUACCUGGAUGACAGUGAGGGCAGUGGUGCCCCAGAGCUGGACAAGGAGAUCAAGAGCAGCUUCAACCCUGAUGCUCAGGUAUUUGUGCCCAUUGGCAGCCAGGACAGCUCUCUGUCCAAUUCCCCCUCGCCGUCCUUCGGCCAGUCACCCAGCCCCACCUUCAUCCCUCGCUCUGCCCAGCCCAUCACUUUCACCACCGCCUCUUUCGCUGCCACCAAAUUUGGCUCUACCAAGAUGAAGAAGGGUGGUGGGGCAUCUAGUGGUGGGGGCGUGGCCAGCAGUGGGGCAAGUGGCCAGCAGCCACCACAGCAACAGCCUCGCAUGGUCCGCUCGCCCACCAACAACCUACUGAAGCACAAGAGCCUCUCUUUGUCUAUGCAUUCACUGAACUUCAUCACAGCCACCUCGGCGCCUCAGUCCCAGCUCUCACCCAAUGCCAAGGAGUUCGUGUACAAUGGUGGUGGCUCGCCCAGCCUCUUUUUUGAUGCGGCUGAUGGCCAGGGCAGUGGCACCUCAGCACCCUUUGCGGGUGGUGGGGCCAGCACCUGUAACAGCAGCAGCUUCGAUAUGGCCCAGGUAUUUGGAGGUGGCACCAACAGCCUUUUCCUGGAGAAGACACCCUUUGUGGAAGGCCUGAGCUACAACCUGAACACCAUGCAAUACCCUAGCCAGCCGUUCCAGCCUGUUGUGUUGGCCAACUGACCACUCCUCCACCCAGAGGGCCAAGAGCACCCACGACCACAGAUAAGAAAAAGGAAAGGAGAGGAAAGGCCAAAAAAAAGAGGAAAAGAAAACUGUACAAAAAUAUUUCCAAUCUUCUCACUCUCGCUUCUAGAAAAAAGAUCCAGCCCAGGCAUGGAGUGGGAGGGGGCUCCUGAAGCACCGAAUCGUGGUUAACUCAACCCCCCACCCCGACCGUUUUCCUGCCUGCUUCUGAUUUAUUUGGUUGGUUUGGGUUUUGUAUUUCUUUUUUUUUUUUUUUUUUUUACAUGUAGUUUUCUAUAUAACAUCUUUAAUUAGUGGCUUCCUGUGCUAAGAAUGGUCCAGAUGUGAAUUGCUGCUCCCUGUUCCCUCCUCCCUCCUUCACACUCCUUUAUGAUUGGUGUGUCCAAGCUCACAGGGAAGGAAGAGCUGCAGCUGGGGCCAAACCCCCCCAAGUAGGGAGAGGCUGGUCCAUUUCACUGCCUGCCCUCCAGCUAUCCUCUCACUCAAAGCCAUCCAACCUCAGCAGGACUUCUUGGGCCCUGCCACCCAAAUAGGUCUGACCCCAGCCCACACUCCCUCUCAGGCUGGGCCACAGGGAGUUUCUGGCUAGCCACUUGACACCCUCCCCCAAGAGCUAAUGUCUGUGACUACAGGGAGGUUUGCACUUUGUCUUGUUGAAAUCCUUUCAUCUCUGUGCUGUGGCCCCAUCCACCCACCGACCCCACCAGGCCUAGACGAUUAUCAUGGCUCUGGACACCCAGCAUCCUUUAUAAGCAUGGCCUCUUUCUCUAAUGCAGCCCUUCUUCCCUGGGCCUGAGGCUGUGGGCUAGGAGGUGGGAAUAAGGUGUGUGUGUGUGUGUGUGUGUGUGUGUGUGUGUGUACAUGUAUACAUGUGUGUACAUGUACACCCCUGUGAGUAUAUGUGGUUUGCUGUCCUGUUCUAAAGGAUUCCAAGCCAUGUGAAACUUCCCUCUGGAUGUGAUUCUGGGUUGCAGCAAGUGCUUAUUUAUGUAUGAGGUUGGGGAUGGGCUGGGGUGGGUUGUCAGUUUUUUGUAAGGCAGUAUGGAGGGGGUGACAUUGGCUGAGCCUAAGGCACUCCCAGGGGAAAGCACUGCAGAAGGAACUGGUUUCCAGACUGCAGAGGGAUCUGCACUUUUGUUUGUUUUUGACCAAAAAGAAAAAAAAAAGAAAGGAAAAAAAAAAAAGAA